AUGAGCUCUAAUUCUAAUCUUUUUGACCUUGAAGCGCAGUUGGCCUUUUAUAAGGCGUAUCACAAUACGUCGGGGAACGUGUUCAUUCACAGUAUCUUUGUGCCCACGAUUUUGUUCACAAGCAUGCGAAUUUUGAACGACGUGGAGGUUUAUGGUGGGUACAAGCUGAGCCAGAUACUUGCAGCGGCCUUUGGAAUUUUCUACAUAGCAUUGAAAGUUCCUACUGGUGUUUUGGCAUCUGCCAUAUUGGUUGGGAUGAACAAAGUUUUGAACGAUGGGACCGUGGACAUUACUGCUAAAACAGCCUGGAUUUUGUUUGUUGUGAGCUGGAUAUUUCAGUUUAUCGGCCACGGCGUGUUUGAGAAGCGCAAGCCUGCGCUUCUCGACAAUUUAGUGCAGAGUCUUGUGCUCGCACCAUACUUUAUUCUAUUCGAGCUCUUGUUCAGCAUUGGAUUGAUGCCGGACUUGAAGAAAUCCUUACAGGCUCGCGUUGAUGCAGAAAGGAAGUCUCGGUAG